AUGGACGAGCAGUCCCACGGCAGUCCCCAGCACAGCGGGUGUCUGUCCGACGCGGAUCCCCACCAUGGGAGGCAGGGUGUCAUCAGGUGUGGGUGGCUAAGGAAGCAAGGUGGUUUCGUCAAGACGUGGCACAGCCGCUGGUUUGUCCUGCGAGGAGACCAGCUCUUCUAUUACAAGGAUGAGGACGAGAGCAAAUCCCUGGGAGCCAUUUUCCUACCCGGCAACAAAGUUAUAGAGCAUCCAAGCAGCGGCGAUGAAGCGGGAAAAUAUCUCUUUGAGGUCAUUCCAGGGGGAGACAGAGAGCGGAUGACAGCCAACCAUGAGACCUACCUACUUAUGGCCAGCACCCAGAAUGACAUGGAGGAUUGGGUGAAGACCAUCCGCAGGGUCAUAUGGGCACCUUUUGGUGGAGGGAUCUUUGGCCAGAAGCUGGAGGAAACGGUACGGUACGAGCGUCGUUACGGGAACAAAAUGGCACCAAUGCUGGUGGAGCAGUGUGCGGAUUUUAUCCGCCAGCGAGGGCUUUGUGAAGAAGGUCUCUUCAGACUGCCUGGACAGGCCAAUCUGGUUAAAGAGCUGCAGGAGGCGUUUGACUGCGGAGAGAAACCCCUGUUUGACUGUAACACAGAUGUGCACACAGUAGCGUCACUGCUAAAGCUGUAUCUCCGAGAACUACCCGAGCCCGUCGUCCCUUUCCACAAGUACGACGACUUCCUGGCCUGCACCAAGCUGCUCGGCAAGGAUGAUGAGACAGGGAUGAAGGAGCUGAAGAAGCUUGUGGAGGGUCUACCACCGGUCAACUAUAACCUUCUGAAGUACAUCUGCAGAUUUCUUGAUGAAGUCCAGUCAUACUCCGGAGUGAAUAAAAUGAGCGUGCAGAACUUAGCCACGGUGUUUGGACCGAAUAUCCUCAGGCCAAAAGUGGAGGAUCCCGUCGCCAUCAUGGAAGGAACCGCCCUUGUCCAGCAGCUCAUGGCCGUUCUGAUCGGCCGGCACGACAUCCUCUUCCCUCGGGACGAGGAAUGUUUGGCCGGCCGGCUGGAGCUCGCCAACAACAACGUGGACUUGCCCCGUCGAGCUGCGGUUCAGAACGCCGAGAACAACAACGUCCAGACGGUGCGUCAGUGCGUUUGGGAGGCGGCGGAUGACGACCGAGGAUCCCCGCGCUCCGCCAGCCCUCGGAACAUUCCGGGACACUUGGACAAAAGCCGGAGCCCUCCGCUCAUGGUUAAAAAGAACCCCGCGUUCAGUAAAGGAAGCGGGAUCGUGACUAACGGCUCCUUCAGCUCCUCGCCUCCGUCUUCCGAUCCGAACCAGGACAAGUAUCAGAUUUUGCUGAGUGGCGGGAGCUUACCCGGGCGCCGAAAUGGGACUCUGAAGGGCACAAAAAUGGGCACAAGCGGCAUUCCGGGAGGAGGCAACGCCAACGGGGUUCUUCGCAUGGGAGUCUCCGGCUCUGAGGCGGUUGCGGCGGUCCUCAACGGUCGAGGUGGUCUUUGGGUACCUAACGGAUGCGUCACGUUACGGGAGGCAAAUAAAAGCCUGUGCGACUAUCCUAACGGGGAUCAACUAUGCAACCAGAACCGUCUGUCCACAUACGACAACGUACACUUGAACCAUCAGAACCUGCAGCAACACAACCACGUGAAUCACGUGGCGUGUCUCAGCAGUAGUUGCGAGGACAAGCAGAGCGUGGAUAGUGCCACCUGGUCCACGUCCUCUUGCGAGAUUUCCCUGCCAGAGAACUCCACCUCCUGUCGCUCCUCCACCACUACCUGUCCCGAACAGGACUUCUAUGGUUGCCACUACCAGGACGUGGAUGCGCCCAACCAGGAGGGCGCCGGUGGCGGCGCCGUGGACGAAGGACAGGAUAGCGGCAGGGAGGCGACGGGAGGGGACGGGUCGGCGAGGAAUGGCAGCGAGCAGUGUGCCAAGUACGGUGGAACUGGAGGACACAGUGCGCUGCACAGCCUGGUGGCCAGUCUCAAGCAUGAGAUGCUCAAGCAAAAGGCGGACUAUGAGGCCAGGAUAAAGAGCUUGGAGCAACGCAACCUGGACUUGGAGUCAGAGAUGGUGAGCCUGCACGAGGAGCUAGACCAGGAGCGCAAGAAGUACACCAUGGCCGAGAUAAAGCUGCGCAAUGCAGAGCGUGCAAAGGAUGACGCCGAGCGCCGCAAUAACAUGCUUCAAAAGGAGAUGGAGCAGUUCUUUUCCACUUUCAGCGACCUCACCAUCGGCGGGGGCAACUCCACGUCUGCUGCCACUGUGGACACCCGCCGGCCUGAUCGUAGCAACCCUAUCUGGAUACAGUGA